AUGUACAACAACACGACUUGUGAAACAAUGCUCACCUACUCCACAUCAGUCGAACUUCGGAUUUCUCUACUUAUAAAUUGGUUCAUUCUUCUUCCAGCUUUUCCAAUAAUCGGCUAUUCGUUCUAUUACUCAAUUACUCAAAAAAUGUUCCACAAAAAUACGCAAAUACAAAUCACGAUUCAUUUGGCAGCCUUGUUGAUUCAUUGCACUGGAAGAUUUAUUUUGCAUACUGCCGACCUCUUCAAUUAUUUCUAUCCGACUACAGACGGGUGCAAACUUUUACCAAACUUCUACAGAUGUCUAUUCUUCCGAUUUCUUUAUAACUCUGGCCAAGCAGUCGUAUCAAUGACUCCAAUAUCAGUCACACUAGAACGAUUAAUAGCAGUUCGAUACAACAGAGCCUAUGAAAAUUGUUCAAUGAAUUAUGGACUCAUUUUGGGAGUUUUUCAAAUAUUUUUGGCUGUUUGUUACCUUACAACAAGAUAUAUUCAUGCAGCAUUUAGUCCGUCCAGUUUUACAUUUUUCUACUGUCAGACCUUGGUUUCAAGUACUAUCACAACUGCUGAAACGAUAAUUCCGUUAGCAAUGAUAAUAUUUUCUCAGAUUAUAUCUUUUGUUGUUUUUCGGUUUCUAGAAAUCAAAAACAAGAGAUUACGAGAAGUUGCGGACAUAAACCUCAGCACUCGAUACACGCUGGAUCAGGGAAAACGAUCAUUCACUGCAUUAAGCUCGUUUGUCCAUUACAAUUGUCUCAUGGUAUCCACUAUCUUUAUGGGAAUCAUUGUACUGUAUUUCUUCUCUUCGAACUUCUCAAAACCGAAUCAUAUGGCGAUAAUUGAAUUGACUCAUGCGUUACCUCUUUACGGGAUUGUAGUCUGUAUCGCUGUCUGGUGGAAAUUACGAAUUCUAGACGGAGAACAACGAAAGAAUAUCACAGUUGCAUUGCGAGGAGGACAAUCAGUACACACGGAUUUGUAUUUCCAAAUGUUCGAGAAGCAGUUGGAAUAG